AUGGGUCACUCCAUUGGCGAAGUGUUUUGUGGAUGUACUAAUGGACAUCCAUGGCGCUUAACGGCCGAAGAAACGAUCAUGUUGGCAUAUUAUGUCGGCUUAGCAUUUCUUAAGUCAAAAAUAAUAGAUGGCUUAAUGGCUGAAAUUAAUCUCGAUUCUAAAACUAUGAAAAAUAUCUGUCCAUCGAAUAUUGAUGUAGCUUGUUACAAUAAUUCACUUAAUUCUAUUGUGAGUGGACCAACGAACUCUGUAAGAGCAUUCCUCGCUAAGUUACAGAAUAACAAUAUUUCUGUAAAAGAAAUUUCCUUUGGACGUAUACCUUUUCAUAGUCGUUACAUCGAGCCCGCAAGAGUUAAACUUUUGGAAUACUUGAAUCAAAUAUUGCCACAACAAGCGUCUCCAAGCUCAAAGUGGUUGAGCGUGUUGAAUGAGUCUUAUGAAUGGUUCGGCGCAUCUCCAAAGUCAAGUCUAGCCGAAUAUUAUGCAAACUAUUUGCUCGCCCCCGUAUUAUUUUCAGAAACUCUGCGUUUUAUUCCAAACGAGGCAGUGACGAUUGAGAUAGCGCCACACGACAUUCUACAAUACAUUCUUAAUGAUUCCUUAAAGACAACAGCGACAAAUAUCGCCUUAUACAAAUUCUCUCACAAACCAAAUAUUGAAAUAUUUUUACACGGAAUUGGAAAACUUUACAAUGCAGGAUUACAGCCACAAAUCGCAAAUUUAUAUCCAGAAGUUAAGUUUCCUGUAAGUCGUGGUACACCGAUGAUUUCACACCUUAUAAGGUAAAUUCCACUUAAUGUAACACAAGAUUCUUCAAUCAUAUUCGCUAUAGAAAAAAAGUGAAAUUUUAAAAAGCAGAAAAUUAAAUUGUAUUAAAAUC